AUGUCUAGAGAAGACCCUUUAAAACCUGAGAAGGAUUUCUCAGCUACUUUGGACGAACAAUUUCCACUUAUUGAGAAAGUAAAGGAUUACAGAGAAGCAACAGACAAAUACUUAGUGUUGGAGAAACAAACACGUCAAUCGUCCGAUUUAGCUUCCUCAAAAAGAGUCUUAUUGAAAAUAGUGGAUACCUUAACCAAAAAUAAUGAUUGGAACUAUUUAAAUGAGUUGAUCGUUUCCUUGUGUAAAAAACAUGGUCAGCUUAAGUCUUCCAUUCAGACUUUCAUUGACUCAGUCAUUGGGCAUUUAGGCGAACUAAAUGAAGAUGAUCCAAAACAAUUGGAAUUGAAAAUGAAAAUCAUAGAAACGGUCAGAACAGUGACUGAUAAAAAAAUUUUUGUAGAAGUUGAAAGAGCCAUAGUUUCUAAGACUUUAUCAGAAAUAUAUUUAAAUAAGUUUGAUAAUUUGGAUAAGGCGGCAGAGAUUUUAUGUGAUUUGCCUGUGGAGACCUAUUCUUUGAUGGAAUUUAGUACCAAAAUUGAAUAUAUUCUAGAGCAAAUUAGGUUGACUAUAAAGAAAGGUGACUAUCCUCAAGCCAAGAUUUUAAGUCGUAAAAUCUUGUUGAAAUCGUUGAAGAAUUUUGAUCGUGCUGAUGAAUUCAAAGCCAUAUAUUUAAAAUAUUUGAUUGAGAUAAGUGUAUUUGAUGAUGACUACAUUUCAAUUGUUAAAAAUUCAUUGCUAUUGAUUGAAAUCCCAUUGAUAAAGGAAUCUUUAGACUACUCAAACUAUUUGGUAUCAAUCAUCUAUUAUAUUGUUCUUUCACCUUACGAUAACUAUCAAAAUGAUUUGAUAAAUAAAAUCAAACGUAAUCCUGUGUUCAAAAAAAACGUCGACCUAAAGAUAUUCCAGCUAUUGGAGAUAUUCACAACAAAUGAACUAAUUCAUUGGUCAAACAUUGAAUCGUUGUAUAAGGACGAUUAUUUCAGUAAAUCUGAGAUAUUUAAGAAGGAAGUUAACUACAAGAACUUGCAAAAAAGGAUUGUUGAGCAUAACCUAAGGAUUGUAAACAAGUACUAUCAGUUAAUCACUUUAGAUAGACUUGCAUAUUUGCUCCAGUUAUCUGAAGCUGAUGCCGAACACAAUGUAAGUGAUUUGGUUAAUAAGGGCAUGAUAGCGGCCAAGAUUGAUAGACCCCAAGGGAUUAUUAAAUUUGAAAAAUUGAAUAAGAGUGGUAAAGCUGACAGUGUCAAUGAUCUACUUAACGAUUGGUGCUAUGAUGUAGAGAAGUUGCUUGAAGAAAUUGAUAGCAUUGAUCAUUUGAUAAACAAGGAAGAAAUGAUGUACGGAAUUAAACAAGUCUCGUAG